AAAGACACAUGCACGCGCGCGCGUGAGAGCUCUCUCUGGAAGAGCAUCUCUGAUCGUGCGCGCAAGGAGGAGAGAGAGACUGUGUGUGUGUCGGCGUUUCUGAUGCCUGAGAGGCAAACACACACACACACACACACACACUCGGGCUUGAGGACACGUAUGGACGCGUCCGUGUGACUUAUGGACAGACGCGAGGAGACGGAGACAGGAGACAGAUGAGGACACACUCCAGACCUGGGUGUGUAGAGUGAAGUGGAGGGAGGCUCAUGGCUUCAUUAUGGGGCCUGGGCCGGCUUCAGUGGCUGGUUCUGGUUCUGGCCCUGACGGCCGUCCUGUGCGCAGGCUGCCCUCCUCGCUGUGACUGUGCAGCACAGCUCCGCUCCGUGUCCUGCCAGCGCAAGCGUCUAUCCGGCGUCCCAGAGGGCAUCCCGACAGAGACCAGACAGCUGGAUCUGAGCCGGAACCGCUUGCGUUGGGUGGCUCCGGGAGACCUGGCUCCGUACCCGCAUCUGGAGGAGCUGGAUCUGAGCGAGAACCUGAUCAACACGCUGGAGCCCAACGCUUUCGCCAGCCUGCAAGCCCUGCGGACGCUGAGACUCAGAGGAAACCAGCUGAAGCUCGUGCCCAUGGGAGCCUUCGCACGGCUGGCCAACCUCACCACACUGGACCUGAGUGAGAACAAGAUCGUCAUCCUGCUGGACUACACCUUCCAGGAUCUGCGCAGUCUCAAGAACUUAGAGGUGGGUGACAAUGAUCUGGUCUACAUCUCUCACAAGGCUUUCUCCGGACUGAUCGGUCUGGAAGAUCUGACCAUCGAGAGAUGCAACCUGACGUCUGUAUCCGGCCAGACUCUGUCUUACCUGCGUAACCUCGUGACCCUGCGACUGCGGCACCUCAGCAUCUCGGCCCUCGAGGACCAGAACUUCCGCAAGCUGUCUGCGCUGAGAGGCCUGGAGAUCGACAGCUGGCCGUACCUGGAGUACAUCUCUCCGCUGAGCUUCCAGGGUCUCAAUCUGUCCUGGCUCUUCAUCACCAACACCAACAUCAGCUCGGUGCCGUCGGCCUCCUUCAGGAACCUGGCUUACCUGACGGCCCUGAACCUCUCUUACAACCCUAUCUCCACGCUCGAGUCCUGGGCCUUUCACGACCUCAUCAGACUGAAGGAGCUGCACAUGGUCAGCACCAACCUGCUCACCGUGGAGCCUCAUGCUCUGGGGGGUCUGCGUCAGAUUCGAGUCCUGAACUUGUCCAACAAUGACCUGGUGACUCUGGAGGAGAGCUCCUUCCACUCGGUCAACAGCCUGGAGACGCUCCGUGUGGACGGGAACCCGCUGUCCUGCGACUGUCGUCUGCUGUGGAUCCUGCAGCGCAGGCGCACCUUAAACUUCGACGGGAAGAUGCCGGUGUGUGCCGGACCCCCGGAGGUGCAGGGAUACCUGAUUAGCAUGUUCACCGAUUCGGCGUUAUUCGACUACUUCACCUGCCAGAAGCCUAAGAUCCGCAACCGGAAGCUGCAGCAGGUGACGGCUCACGAAGGCCAGCUGGUGUCGUUCCUGUGCCGCGCCGAAGGUGAACCGACGCCGGCCAUCAUCUGGAUUUCCCCACAGAGACGGAGGAUCACUUCCAAAAGCCACGGCAGGAUUACGGUCCUCCCCGGCGGGACGCUAGAGAUCCGUUACGCGCAGGUCACGGACAGCGGCACGUACAUCUGCAUCGCCAGCAACGCCGGUGGAAACGACACCUACUUCGCCACACUGACCGUCAAGAGCCAGCCUUCGGACCCGGCGCUCCUCGCCAACCGCUCGCUGUACGCGGUGGACUUCAACGACACCGGGCUCAACAGCACCCGUGUUUUCCUCAAGUUCACGCUGGAUUUAACCACCAUCAUCAUGUCCACGGCCAUGGGCUGCAUCACGUUCCUGGGCGUGGUGCUCUUCUGCUUCCUGCUGCUGUUCGUGUGGAGCCGAGGACGAGGACAGCGCAAGAACAACUUCACCAUGGAGUACUCCUUCAGGAAGACCGAGGGACCCGUGACCACCAGUGCAUCCGGAGCCACGCGCAAGUUCAACAUGAAGAUGAUAUGAAACCACGCAGCCAGGUGCCCUCGGGGAGAAGCAUAGACACCCAACACUAACACACACACAGUGCUGAAUCGCAGAAAUACACACACCGUAUGACUGCAGAUACGUGACGACCUUGCAGUGUUAUUUCUCUACUAUUACCGUAUUUUCCGGACUAUAAGUCGCAAUUUUUUUCAUAGUUUGGCUGGUCCUGCGACUUAUAGUCAGGUGCGACUUAUUUAUCAAAAUUAAUUUGAAAUGAACCAAGAGAAAACAUUACCGUCUCCAGCCGCCAGAGGGCGCUCUAUGCUGCUCUGCUCCUGUAGUCUACACUGAAGACAUAGAGCGCCCCCUGUGGCUGGAGACGGUAAUGUUUUCUCUUGCUUCUUGGUUCUAAAUAAAUGCGACUUAUAGUCCAGUGCGACUUAUAUAUGCUUUUUCCUCGUCAUGACGUAUUUUUGGACUGAUGCGACUUGUAUUUAGGUGCGACUUAUAGUCAGAAAAAUAUGGUAAUAUAGAAUUUUAUAUAUUCAUGAACAGUUUUUUUAUUAUUCUGUUUUCAUUUUGCUUUUUACUUGAUUUUUAUAUUUUUGUUUUAUAUUAAUUUUUGUCAUAGUGAUUUUGCUUUACGUUUUUUUCAGUUUUAUUUAUUUAUUAAUCAGUUUUCUAUUAUUAAUAUUAAAGAGAGAGAGAGAGAGAGAGAAUUAUUUUUUAUUUCCAUUAUACAUAUUUUUCACUCAAGUAAUUUUUUUUUAAGUUUAGGUUUCAACUGGACAAAAUUUUGAUUAUUAUUUUGAUAUAUUUUUUUCCAGUUGAAAUUAUUAAACUGCUUAAACUGAAUUGGAAUUUUGAUUUUAGUUCAAGAUUUAAUAAACCCGCUUUUUAAUGUUUUUUUAUUAUUAAUAUAGUGAGUUAGUUAUCACUGUUGUCUAUAUUGUAUCUCUUUAUUAUCAAUAUUAUUAUUAUUAAAAACAACAACAACAAUUAUAUAGAUUUUUUGUUCAUUUUAGUAAUUUUCAAGUUCUAUUUAAUGCUUUUUAUUUGUAUUUUUCUUUUUUAAAUAUGUGUAUUUAAUUUUUAGUUUAUUUUCACUUGAAGUAAACAAAAAUGAGAAAUGUUUGUUUCAGUUAAUGUACUUCAUUAAAUAAUCGUAGUUAAGGAUAAUAACACUGCGACUUUGUUCUCACAACCUUUCUGCUGCAGCUGCUGCUUGAACAAUACAGUAACAAAUAAGGACUUUCUUGCACUUUUCGUCAAUUAAGAAAUCUCAGAUCUGUAUUUAAUAAUUAUUUACCUUUCAAUAGGUUUAUGCACAGUCGACUGGUUCACAGAAAACCGAGGUACAAUUCGAGAUACAGACAUAAUGUCAUCUUCGGAUGACUUAUAAAAAUUAAUGGCAUGUAAAUUUGCUCUUUAGAGUUGCUAAUCAGCAUAAUAAUUUAGAUUUCCAUAAUGCAUUUUAAUGCAAAGACCACUUCCACCAAAUUCCAUUUGUUCUGCAUCGAUCAAACAAACAUGCACCAUAAAACGAGUCAUUCCAGCAUUACUGGAUCUGCGAUGAGCAGCUGUGUGAGUUGGGACAAAUGCACCGGCCGCACCGCCGUCAGAAACGCUUUCUGUGUUUAACGAGCCAGGACCGGACUGACGAGGGGUCGCUUACCCACAAUCCCCCUGGUCAGCCUCGGUCCAUGCACACGCCGACAACCCGCUGGCCUUCAUGGGGGGAGGCUGCAUCAGUGUCGGAUCUGCUAGACGUCAGAAACGCUGAGAAACACACACACACACACACACACUAACUAGAGCCAUAAAUUUACACGAGGUUUACAGCAAUAGUGCAUCAUCUUUGUUUUGCAAUAACUGCAUGUUUAAUUUUUCUACUCAUUUAUGCACAAUUAAGAUGCAUUUGUUUAUUCAUUGGCUUCACUGUGAAUUAAUAAAAAAAUUUCACAUGCAUUAAUUGCUAUACAGUGGAACUGCACAUUAUCAUUGAUAUCAUUAAUGCACACACUGAUAUGAUGCAUGGUUUUCUCUCGUCCUGAUGCUCUUUGCUUUUUGCGGCCAGUGUGUGAACGUCUCUGCUUCUCCUGCCCAGUCCAAACCCCCAUGUCAUUUCCCAUCCCCCCCCCCCCCCUCGACUGGGUCUCAAUGAGGGAGGGUUCCUGGCUGGUGACCACAGAUGGACAUGAAAUCAUGUACUCCUCGUGUCUUUGACUGUAGAGGGUAUUCUGUGUUCAUGAUAUUUGCAUCAUUUGUUUAUAAUGUGUUUUUGUACUUCUUUUAAUCGUUUCUUUCUUUAAAGUUUUAAACAGAAACAACAGAAUCUGUUCUCAACGCCACAGCCGCUCAACGUGUUUCUGAGAGGAUGCAUUGUUAAAUUGAUCAGACUGAGAACCAGAAUGAUUGGGACACACUUGUUCUGUGCAUCAUGCACGUCUAUUGCACGGCCGCUGGUGUUGAAAACAGAUUAGUUAACCAAUAAGCAACAAGAGCCAUAAAUGAAGAAUGUUCUAACCUAAACUCACCUGUCCUGGAGUAUGUGUGUGUGUGCAAUAAGACAAAUAGAGUCAAAUCUGCUGGAUAUCACCUUCAUGAGGCCAUUAACUAGUCGCCACUGGUAUAUUAUAAACUGAAACCAUUAAAAAUCAUUUUGUUACUUAAAAUAAACAUGAAUUACAUUUUUAAAAAAAAUUUAAUUAGCUGCCAAGGCUAGUUUAUAUAUAUAUAUAUAUAUACAUGAUUUGCUGAUUUUAAUACACAUAAAAUUGGGAUUCUGAAAUUUAAUAUAUAUUAAACUUUUCAUUUGAAAGUUUUAGUAAUUUUAUAUUUUUUUGUCUUUUUAUGUAUUUAUUUAUUUUAAUCCAUUUUUAUCUAGGUUAAUGUUAUUAUAGUACAUCAAAUACACUAAAUUGUAAAAGAGAAACGUUUGCAAAUGCAAUGAAAUCAGUACAUUUUUUGAUUGUUUCAUUUCAUUAUAAAAAUAAAAUAAUUUUGGUUUUAGCCCAGUUCAUGAGAAUAACCCUCACAUAUCAUCAACAUAUCAUAUUUAAUAUGGAAAUGUAAAUGUAAUUUCAAUAUGUUUUGGUAACAUCUCUUUAGAGUGCAUUGAUAUUUACUUUUAAUAGAGCGUUUUAAAUCAUCAUACCCUUAAUGAGAUUCCAUUUCUGAUGUUCCCUAAUAAGGGCUGUCUAUGUAGUCAGUAGGUUGACUGGAACAGACUCAUCACUCUCUAAUUAUUAGUGUAAUCUCUGAUAACAGUAAGUGCUUAAUUUCAUCUUGUAAGGACUGAGCAUUAUAACAUUAUCUCAUCAGUUAAGUGAAAUAAGAGCAGUGUUCCCACUCAUGUGAUAAAUGGAGUGUGACGUCCAGCCGGUUUGACUGGGUUUCAUCUUUUGAAACAGGGACAAGCGAACACAUCAUGUUUUGUGACCCUUCACUGUUUCGUUCGCUCGCUGUCCUCACUGACAUCCUCCACAGUCCGAAGGCUGGAGUCGUGGUCGGGUGAAUACAGUAGAUGUUGUCUAAAGUGGCCUGUGAUUGGAUGUUGUUGAUGGGUUGAACAGUUAGCUCUUUCUUUUAGCGUUAGCCUCUAGCCGUGCAGUCAGUCUCUGUGUUUAUGUGUGGUGAUGAUAGAACGAGAGAUCGAAGACUCAGCUGGGAUCCAUCCCACAAAUAAAACUUUCCUUUCCUCCUCUUAUUCCUUCAUGAACUGAAAUGAACUGCAGACACUGUUCAUGAACUGGAUUAUUCUCUGCUGUUUCAGUCAGAGAGGAUUUGUAAAGUGUCCCGGAGCACAUUCAAUGCAUUCGUCCACUUUUCUGAAUUUAAUCAACAUUGUUUGCAAAAUGCCUGAUGCAGGUUGAGCAAACUUCAGAUUUUUAGGAAUCGGGUGUGAAUUUGAGUUGAAUUGCAUCACAGGAUGCUGAAUUGGAAUUUUGAAUUUACCUUGAUUUAUUUGCAACUUGAAUUGCAUUUCAAAGAAAUUCACCAGGUUUGAAUUAUUAAGUCUAUUUAAUAUGUAGAAAAUGCUGGAAGAAAACCAUCUAAACUAAUUAGAAUAUAUUAUUUAUUUAGUAAAUCAUAGCAUCAUGUGUUGAUAUUUUUUAAUAUAGGCUAUAUAUAUAUAUGUGUGUUAUUUUUUCAUAUGUAUUUAUUACUUUUGAGUGAUUUUCUUUAUCAUGUUUUACUUCAGUUUAAACCAAAUGCAAUUAGAAAUGUAUUUCGGCAACUAGCUGAAAUAAAAUAAGCUAUUUAUUUCUAAGUUAAUGUUUCUUUUAUUUUUAAGUAAUGGGUUUAUAUUUAUUUUUAGCUUUUAAUAAUACCCUGCAAUAAAAUGAAAGUCCAUUUUUAAACAUAUUGACUGUAAAUGAAAAUUAAAAAAUAAUUUGUGGCAUUUGAAACAUUGUUCAUCUGAUGUUUCAGAAAAUAAACUGUAUGUUGUUCAUAUGAUGUUUAUGAUGUUAAUUCAUGCUGAAACUUUUAAACAUUGAAUUCUACAUUACAAUUUUGCAUCCUGUUUGCAACAGCAGUUCAAAUUCAGGAAUUGGGUUUGGUUAUUAAAGCAUCUCAAUCCAAUACAAGAAACUCACAGCAUCAGGCAUUUCCUUAAGAAUCUAUGAUUGUGUGUGAUUCAGUUAUGUGCUUUUAUUCAGUCUGAUGAUUCUGAAGCAGUGAGAACAGCAACAGAUCACAAUCUCUUCCAUCUUUCCUCCCAUCUGCCAACAUUCAAGCACCAAGAUAAAUGGAGACGCUGGCAAAUGGUCUUCUUUUAUCAGGAGGUUUAAUUUUCUCUAAACCAGUUUGUGGUCAGUUAUACUGGCUGUGUUCAGAAUGAAAUCUUAGCAUACUGCGCUAUUUGAAUAGUAUAUGGAAAUGUAUGCAGUGUGCAAUGAUAAACGUUUUAAAUGGUGCUACAUUGUCAAUGUGGGAUGCAUCUUUGCACUGUGUGCUUAGCUGUACAUUUGAGUAAAUGCAGUAGGUCGUCUGGGUUCUUUGUAUUUGAGAAACAGUGUUGUAUAGCCUACUGCAGAAAUACUGUAUAUAGAGUAGUAUGUCAUUCUGAACACUGCCGCUUUCACACAUCCUCUAGCAUCAUGUCAUCUCUUCAUAACAGAGAUAGCAUGUCCAAUAAAAGCUCAGCAGCUCACAAA